CAGAGGAACAAUGUGUGGUUAAGUGUUCGUGUCGCAAUGUUCAUUUUAAGUUCAAUAUAUAUAUAUUUUGUGUACGGACUUUUGUAUGUUAAUGGAGAUGAUGCGAAAGUUAGUCUUACGUUUGUUAUUGAUGACACGUUUUCAAUGUACGACGAUAUACGACAAGUUAAAAUUAAGACUAACGAAGUUUUCGAUGCUGUGCUAUACGCUAAUGCUUCGAAUAUAGACGAUUUCGUUUUGAUAACUUUUAACGAUCCUUAUGCGAAGAUACGAACCGUAACAAGAGAUCGCAAUGAAUUCAAAAGAGCACUGGAAGGUAUAAGUGUCAAUGGUGGCGGUGACUGCCCCGAAUAUGCAAUGGCUGGAAUAGAACUGGCUCUAGAGAAAAGCAAACCAAAUUCAUUUUUCUACGUAUUCACGGAUGCUUCCGCUAAAGAUUAUAGUCAAUUCGAACGGAUAAAGAGCUUGAGCCAGAAGAAGUCGGUCCAGGUAUCAUUUCUUCUAACUGGUUACUGCGGGAGGUUGAACGAUCGUGACUAUAUUGUUUUCGAUAAACUUUCUGAAGCAACAUCAGGACAAGUGUUUCAUAUUAAAAAAGACGACAUCCAUAAGAUCAUUGAUUACAUCAUAGCAUCCAUCACACACAAGAAGACAACAUUAGGUCAACAAGUUUUUGACAACGGUUAUGGAAAUAAAUUGUCGUUCGCUGUAGAUAGUAAGGUGUGGGAUAUAAUAGUAUCUAUAUCAGCGGUAAAUCCAAAGUUUAAGGUUAUUGAUCCGGAUGGCAAUAUUGUUGACACAGAACAUAUUGCAACAACAGACAAGACAGCUAUAAGAAAAUUGAUCGCGAGGCCUGGUGUUUAUACAAUCGACUUAUCCAGUAAUGGUAGAACUUCGGUUGUUGUAACUGGAUCUACUUCUGUUUCCUUUCAACACGGCUUCUCUUACCUCAAACCUGAAUCUAUAAAUGAAACAUCUUCUAUGCCUGUUCCAGGAGUGAAGUCAUAUCUAACAAUUGCUUUAAACAAUGAUAAAAGAGACGUUGCGUUGAAAACAGCUGAACUAAGAGAUCUAGAUAAUAAUGUAAUCAAGGAACUACCGUUGAAAUUAAUAAAUGCAGAAAAACAAUACUACACAACAGACCCAUUUGUACCGCCAAAUACAUUGUUUAAAAUUGCGGUCAAUGGCUUCACAAAAUCCAAUGAAAAAAUAACGAGGAUAUCAUCAACUACAGUGGAACUACAAAAACCCGAAUUAGAAAAGAAAUUGGUUAAAAAAUCACCCAGCGUGACUCUUUUAAGCGAUGAUAAAAUCGAAGUUAAAUACGGCCAUGCUGUUGAUAUUAAAUGUAAAUUGCACGGAUACCCUCAACCGGAUGUCAUGUGGGAGGAUACAUUUGGCAUAAUUGGGCCUUCUACGGUAGUGCCAAUCGAUCUUCCCUAUGACUAUAUGACCGUCCUUACUAUUGAUAAAGUGACCAAAAAUUCAACAGUCACUUGCAGAGCUUUAAACUCAGAAGGAGAGGGUACUAAAUCAGUGAAAAUUGAAAUAAAAAACUACUUUAACGUGCUUGAAUAUCCCAAUGACGUAACGAUUGAAUUUGGCAAAUCCAAUGAUUUCAAAUUUGUGAUUAAUGCUAUGCCACCUGCUACAAUAACUUGGUACAAAAAUAACGUACAAAUAACUGUCAAUGAUAAUUACAAUCUUUCACCUGAUAAUACAAUUUUAACAAUAAAAAGUAUGAUUCCAAAACUAAAAGGAAAAUAUACAAUUAAAGCAGCUAAUGAUAACGUGGAAAGAAACUUUACUUUUAACGUUUUUAUAACUGGUGCCGAGUUACCUACAAUCGACAAAAAAAUAACUAAAUAUUUUGCUAAAGAGGGUUCCGAUGUAGAUAUACAUUGCAGAAUAUUAAGAGGUAAACCGAAACCUACGAUAUCUUGGUCACUGUUUGUUGAUGACAGUGUAGAAAGUGUAGCAUUAGAUGAAACAGGAGAAACGAUUCACAUUACUAAUGUUAAAAAGGACGAUACUAGAUUAUACAAUUGUUUGGCUCGUAAUGAAAUCGGAGAAGACACUCAUGGCAUUGAAUUAUAUGUUGAAUAUCCUCCAUCGAUCGAAGAAAGUGACGAAAAUUUGUAUUUCAUAAAAGGUGAUCAAGUAACUCUAAUCUGUUCUGUGGAUGGUUUUCCUUAUCCCGAUAUACGAUGGUUUAAAAAUAAAUCAGAAAUUAAUAGCACUAGUAAAUAUCGGACUUACAGUGAUAAUGUUUUGCGUUUCAGAGGUUCACUAAGCGAUGCUGGUGUUUAUACUUGUGAGGCGUCUAAUUCCCUGGGGAGAGUAGAAAGAAAUAUUCAUUUAAACAUUUAUGGUCCCAUAGAAAUUGAACCGCCUAAAGAAAGUAUUUUGAAUAUCAUAGUCGGGAAUCCUUUGGAGCUACCUUGUGUAACUGAUGGUUAUCCAGAACCAAGUGUGAGAUGGAGAUUCAAAGAUUUCGAUUCAAAAUCUUUGCCAAAAUUAUUGACAGCUGAUAUAACAAAUUCUAUCAAAAUACCUCGAAUCCAAAUUGAAGAUGAAGGGUUUUAUUUUUGCGAGGCGCGCAAUUAUGCAGAUAUAGCUGCUAUUACGUAUGAAGUUCAUGUAUUAGCACCUCCUUUUAUUAAAAACAAAUUACUGGACAAAACUUUGAUUGCUGUUGAAGGGGAUUUAGUGUUACGAAUUCCAUGCGUGGCUGCUGGUAAACCAAGACCAACUGUAUCUUGGAUGAUGGAUGGAUUGAAACUCGCUCUAGGAACUGACAUGUAUGAUGUUGAUGUAGAUGGAACAUUACUAAUUAAGAAUGUAAGUACAUAUUCCGCGGGUACAUAUUUAUGCAAAGCUGAGAACCUACUUGGCCAAGUUUCAGAAGAAUUCUAUGUGAAAGUUCAUCCAUAUCCAAGGACACACGCUGUUCCUGUUAAAGAAUUAUUAGAAGAAGGGACAUCAGCUUACAUUGAAUGUGACCAGCCGUAUGGCGUAGGCAAUUUAAUGCGUUGGUAUAAGAAUGGAAUACUCAUAUCAACUGGUCCAUUGACGUUGCGCAAUGUCUCGUUAUCAGAUUCAGGUAUAUACAGCUGCAGAGUAAGCAAUUUCGUAUCUUCACAUUCAUCGCACAAAUUUGUCGUCGUUGGCCGUAAACCUAGCUUUAAUUCUGAAGAAGAUACCAGAAUUGAAUUUUUUGAAGGAGCAAAUGUUUUCUUAGACUGCAGUGCUAGCGGGAAUCCAAACCCUACCAUCACGUGGUCACAUAAUGGCCGUAAAAUUGAAAAAACGAGUUACUCAAUUGAUCUGGAAAUGAGAGUAAGUGACAUUGGAAAGUAUAAAUGUCAUGUGGAGAACGAUUUCGGUAAAAUUACCCGUACCUUUGAUAUUGUUUCUGACGAUUGUUUGUUAAACAUUGAGAAUGACUUUACUACAUAUCAACCGCUAAUAUUAUCGCUUAGCAGGCGUUGGCCUCUAUUUGAAAUAAAUAGCGGCUUCAUGAGAAUACCGAAAAACACGCAAUUCUUAUUUGUCUGCCCAGAGAGCAAUAUAAUCCACAAAAGUGUAAACAUUGGCGAACAAAGAUUGGCAAGCUGUGUGGGAAAUACUGUAUUUGAUAUAGUAGGAAGAAAUAUCGACUUUAAGGAUUUAAGAUGUAAUCAAGAAAUUAAACCAUUAUCGAAAAGAACUGGAUUGCGUUGUAGCUUGGGUAACACAGAGCUACUGAAAGUUGGUUACGGUUUCCGGUCCGAAUUUUUGGGUGUCUACGAUAUCUGUUUCGAUAAAGAUAAAAAUGUAACGAUUUAUUCAAAGCAUUUUAUCCACCGAUCUUUGGCGGAUAGCGUUCCUAAUAUUCCAAUUAAAUUUGCUGGCAGUAAUCACUUACCUAAAGAUUUUAAUGCAAUAUAUGAAUGUAAAGAUGAGUGUUGCUUCGCUAAGAGGCAACUUGUGAACCCCAGGGAUGUGUCUCCCGGAUUCCCACAAGUGGCAACUUACAACGAUUUAAAUGUUUCACCUCAUUGGAGCACGUGUGGGACCCAGAAUUGGGAUGAAGUUGAAAGAAGAGUGAGAUCUCUUGUUAAGCUGCUCGAUUACAAGCUGGCGGUUUGGACUGGAGCGUUUUAUAAUGAGAGUAUUGAUUCUCGAAAUCCAAUCAUUUUGAGAACUUUAGAUCAACUUGCACCACAGUAUAUAUGGAAGGUAAUCCGAAAUUUACAAGACCAACAAGCCCUCGCAAUCGUUCAAGUAAAUAUACCUAAUUUAAGUAAAUCAGAAGCUGCACCGCUUAUGCUCUGUAAAGACGUAUGUUAUGAAACGGAGUGGAUGAGAAACCCUGACUGGCAAGAUAUCAGUAAAGGCUUCACUUACUGCUGUAAUUUGGAAGAUUUCAAGAAUGCGUUUAGUAUCAAACACGUCUUUAGAGGUAAUGCAGAUAUUUUAAGAAAAAUACCAAUUGUUUCCGAACAUUCAUUGACAUAAUUAAAUGUGUACAGCACUCGAAUGGUAUUAAUAAUUCAAAAAGUUUUUUUUUUGUAAUUUAACUUUGUAAAUUGAGUAGUAAAGGCAAUUAAAUAAAUACGACUACAAACGUCGUUCAAUUUUUAUUUUUAAUAUAAUUAGCUUAUUUAUCAAAAUAUUAUGAAAUAAAUAUAUUUUACUGCAUGAUUAUACUAUGUAUAUACUAUAUUAUAAAACAAAAAAAAAACCUUUUUGUAAAUUAUUUAUAAAAAAAAUACAUUCUCAUUUCAUCUUAAAAUAAAAUAAUUUUUUUUAUAAAAGAAUAUUUUUAAUUAUUGUAAACGUUAAUUGUGAUUACAAUUUUUCUUGAGCCUUCGAUUUAAAGUUUAGUUGCUAGUAAAAUAAUGAGUGUAAAUAUAAAAUUGAAAGACGCAAUUAAAAUUUUACAAAUAUCUCUUAAUACGUAU